AUAUCAGGACCCAUCUUGGCGAAAUGAUAAAAUUGAGAGCCGAACUGGCAGGCAUAGGCGCUUCGGUAGACAACUGGGACUUCUCAGCCAUGAUCCUAUCAUCGCUACUAGAAUCUUACUGCCCCAUCCUCACAUCCAUGAUAACCGCUGCUCGAAUCUCUUGGAAUACCCUCUCUCCCAAAGACAUAAUUGGCCACCUCAUAGAUGAGGCGGAUCACUGAAAAACUGUUGAAGCUGCAAAGAAAUUGCUAUAACUGUGGCAAAAUAGGCCAUAUUGCUCGGAACUGCCGAAAAAAAAGAAAGAAACAGCUGUUGUAGCAGC